GAACAAAAAAAAAAAAGAAGAAAAAAAAGAAGAAAAAAAUAGUCAUGGGAACAAACAUCUCGAAAAGCGACGAUGAGUCCAGCGAGCUCACUUCGGAAAUGGUCGAGACAGGUCAGAUGCGGAGGGGGAGGUCAUGCAUGGUCAGCAUCCUCAGCGAGAGCCUGCGCGUCCAGAGUGACCUCACGCUCUCCAUGCACCAGCUAGCGGAGCAGGGGAACACCGAGGCGCUGGAAGUCAAGCUACAGAACGGGGAGGACGUGAAUCAGACGGACGAGGAGCAGCUGUCGGCCCUGCACCACGCCGCUCGCCUGAACCAGCUCUCCGCCGCCCGCCUCCUGCUUCGCCACCACGCCCGCGUAGACCAACCGGGGCCCGACAACCGCACGCCCCUCCACUAUGCUGCGAGGUGUCGGGCAAAGCUUCGAGUGGACACGGCUCCCCUGGUGGACAUCGAAGGCCUCACGGGAAUCUUAGAACCCGAAGUUGAAGAAAACAAAAACAAGCUCACAACAUCACCAUCAGAAGAGAAGAAGAGGAAAGACGAGGAAAACGAGAAACGGGAAGCGGAGAGCAAGGAGGAGGAAUCAAGAAGUGGAGGAAGUGGAUCAGGAGGUGGAGGAGGUGGAGGGGAAGUGUCCAUGAUCCUCCUCCUCCACUCCCAUAGCGCUGACGUGAACGCGAAGGACAAAUACGGACAGACGCCUUUGCACUUCGCGGCCAUGACGGGGAACUUGGCGGCAGCUGAGGACCUUGUGACGACCUGCAGGGCUGAUGUGGAGAUUGAGGACUCCCAGCAGAUGACCCCCUUAAUCGUCGCCGCUACCCACGGCUACCUAAGUCUGUCAUCGCUCCUCCUGCACGACGCGCAUGCCAACCUUCGCCAGGCAGACUCAUCCAAACAGACCGCCCUGCACCGCGCCGCCAAGGGAGGACAUCUGGAGGUGGUGAGGCUGCUGCUGGAGGGUCGAGACAGCAUGAAGCAGUUCGGGGUGUUUCUGAACGCCAAGGACAGGAAGAGCAAGACAGCGCUGUACCACGCCUGCAGCAACGGCCACCUCGAGGUGGCGCGCGAGCUCCUGUCGGCUGGUGCGGAGGUGGAUGCUGACACGACUAAGCUGGCCACGCCCCUACACGCCGCGGCCUCCGUGGGCAACGUGGAGGUGAUGAAGGCGCUGCUGGAGCACAAGGCAUCACUGGACACUCCGGAUAUCUACCAGCGCACGCCCCUCAUGUACGCGGCAGCGGGCAACCACGCGUCCGCCAUCAAGUUGUUAGUGCAGCGCGGAGCCGACAGGGAGCACCUCGACCUUCAACACAGCACGGCCCUUCUGGUGGCGGCUCACGGGGGUCACGCGGCCGCCGUCAGGAUGCUACUGUCCCUCGGUGCUGACCUCUGCGCUGACGACAGGCUGGACAGGACGGCGGUGUUCCUCAGCGCUCAGCAGGGCAAGAUGGAGGCGCUGAAGGUUUUGUUGGACACCGGCCGCUGCAAGGAGCUUCUCAACGCCAUCGACUGCUACGGCUUCCCGCCCCUCCACGCCGCGGUGCUCUCCGGGAACAAGGGCGCCAUGGACCUGCUGCGGAAGGCGGGGGCGGCGAUGGACAAGCGGAACGAGGAACAGGACACGCUUCUCCAUCUGGCGGCGAGGAAGGGAUAUACGGGGAUACUCACGGAGCUCAUCCCGCGCUGCAUGACUCUCCUGAACUCCGAGAACGAGGACUUGGACACCCCCUUGCACGUUUCCAGCCGCCUGGGUCACGAGGGGGCGGUGGCGGCGCUGCUGGAGGCGGGCGCGGACGUGACGGCCACCAACGCCUCCUCCUCCACGCCCCUCCAUCUCGCAGCAUCCCUCGGUCAUCUCCAGGUGGUGGUUCGCCUGCUGGAUGCUGGAGCCCCGAUGGAUGUGUAUAAUAAGGAGCACAAGACGCCGCUGCUGGUGGGCGUGGCGGCAGGGCGUGUGGGGGUGGUGCGGCUGCUGCUGGGGCGUGGGGCAUCCCUCUCCACGCAGGACGAGAGUCACCAGAGCGCGCUGCAGCUGGCGGUGACGGCGGGGCACAGGGAAAUGGCCAUGGCGCUGGUGACGUCGCCAGGAUGGGAGGAGGCACUGCGUCACGCCCACACGGAGGAGGGCGGCCGGAGAGUCACGCCCUUCAGGAUGCUGGUGGAGCGGCUGCCUGACGUGGCCGAGGAAGUACUCAACAGAUGCAUCCAGCCGGCCACACGCAUACUCGCGGGCGGUAACACGGAGAAAGGCGACACAGAAAUGAUCUUCGAGUGCCUAGAUGACACGUACCAGUUGGCCGGGGCGUCAGGAGGCGGCGGGGGGAGUCCUUACGAGCAUAGCGGGCACUUGAAGGACCGCGCCAGGCCUUACACAACGGACGCCAGGCUGUUGAGGAGGAACCACCCGCUUAUGUUGAUGGUGCAGUAUAGACGAACGGCCCUUCUCGCUCACCCCGUCUGUGUCUCUCUCAUCAAACACAAGUGGAAAAGAUAUGGCAGCCUCCUGUACUACGGUUACCUGGCCCUCUACCUGGUGUUCGUGUUCGCUCUCACCGGCUAUGUUCUUUCCGCCAGAAUCCUCAACUGGGUGGACGCUACAAAUCAGACCAACUCAUCAGGAAUUCAAUUAACGGAUGCUGUCAGUUGCGAGGAGGUGGACUGGGACGUAUGGUAUGGGACAUACUUCAUGGAGUCCUGCAAGUGGAUGGUGGUGACCUUCGCGGUGGUGGAGAUGUUGAAGGAGAUGUUCCAGUUCUACCAGGCCCGUACGGCAUACCUGAGCGGGGAGAACCUGGUGGAGUGGGCGUGCUAUGUGUGUGCUGUCAUCUUCGUGCAGGACCUGUCGGAUUGCCCGGUGAAGGAGGGGUGGCAAUGGCAGAUCGGGGCCAUGGCGGUGUUCCUGGCGUGGAUGAAUCUGCUCCUCUUCAUCCGCGUCUUCCCCUUCUUCGGCAUCUACGUCAUCAUGUUCACCGAGAUCCUCACCACCUUCAGCAGCUUCUUUGCGGUCUUCUUCUUCUUCAUCGUGGCCUUCGCGAUGGGCUUCUUCACCGUGUUAAGCGGUGAGCACAGCUUCCGGACCCCCGCCCAUUCGCUCCUCCGCACCGCCGUCAUGAUGAUUGGGGAGAUAAACUAUGUAGACGUCUUCAACAACCCAGACGCGCCCCUGCAGUACCCCGAAGUCACCUACAUCCUCCUCGUGGCCUUCCUCGUCUUCAUGUCCAUCCUCAUCAUGAACCUGCUGGUGGGCCUUGCCGUGGACGACAUCAAAGGGGUGCAGGACCAAGCCAUGCUGGAGAAACUCGCAAUGCAGACCGAGCUGGUCCUGGAGCUGGAGAUGGUGAUACCUGACUGGGUGCGGCGGCGGUGUGUGGUGCGGAGCCUCACCAUCCCCAGCCGAAGAAGUGCCGGUUGCUUUGGGGGCUGUUGCGGCAAGUUCAGCUUCUACCAGGAACGUGAGAAAAGUGACAUCGAAGAGUUGCGUCACGAAGUCCUGAGUCUGAGAGCAUCGCUGGAGCACGUCACCGACACGCAACGGCCUCUGCGUGACCUCGGCGGCGACCUUGCCCGUCUCCGUCAAGUGGUCACCGAACUUAACCACCACAUGCGUCUCAAGAGCUAAGGUAGUGACUGUAGGUGGAUCUACAAGGCUCUAGAGUAGUGGUACUUGCUGGGUAGUGGCAUUAGACUUCACUGUAUGGUCGAGAAUAGUGGUAGUGGGCUGGUAGUGUUGGUAGAUAAGAAGUGUAAGGUCCUGGAGUAGUGUUAGUGGCGUUAGACUGUUCUGUAAGCCUCUAGAGUAGUGUUAGAGGUUAGUUAAAUGGCUCUGUUUUGUCUUAGUGUUAGUGAGUGGUUAGUGGCGUUAGACUGUUCUGUAAGCCUCUAGAGUAGUGUUAGAGGUUAGUUAAAUGGCUCUGUUUUGUCUUAGUGUUAGUGGGUGGUUAGUGGCGUUAGACUGUUCUGUAAGCCUCUAGAGUAGUGUUAGAGGUUAGUUAAAUGGCUCUGUAAUGUCUUGGUGUUAGUGGAUGGUAGUGGCGUUAGACUGCUCUGUAAGCCUCUAGAUUAGUGUUAGUGGCUGGUUAGUGGCGUUAGACUGCUCUGUAAGCCUCUAGAGUAGUGUUAGUGGUUAGUUAGAUGGCUCUGUAAUGUCUUAGAGUAGUGUUAGUGGCUGGUAGUGGCGUUAGACUGUUCUGUAAGCCUCUAGAGUAGUGUUAGAGGUUAGUUAAAUGGCUCUGUAAUGUCUUAGUGUUAAUGGCUGGUUAGUGGCGCUAGACUGCUCUGUAAGCCUCUAGAGUAGUGUUAGUGGUUAGUUAGAUGGCUCUGUAAUGUCUUAGAGUAGUGGUAGUUGGUGGUAGUGGCGCCGCGUGGCUACUAACUAACACUAACACUAACACAACCUCUACGAAAGCUAAUCAAAAUGUGUGUGAUCCCCUGAAAUGAUUGAGUAUAUGGAACUUCGUAUAGUAUUUGUGUUCUAAUGAGUGUUUUUUUCACGUUCACGGUACAGCAGAAGCCUUGUCAAACCAUCACCAGGCUCAUAAAACUACCCAUGGAAAUACUAACACAACAACCUCUACGAAAACCUUAUCAUAUGUGAGUGUCAAACUAUCACCAGGCUCAUAAAACUACCCAUGGAAAUACUAACACAACAACCUCUACGAAAACCUUAUCAAAUGUGGGUGCCAAACUAUCACCAGGCUCGUAAAACUACCCAUGGAAAUACUAACACAACAACCUCUACGAAAGCCUUAUCAUAUGUGCUGGAAAAUCCGGAUGUCUUCACCAACAGAUUAAGGAAACAACACAGAAACAAACGCAGCUUCCCCACAAGCAGAAUAAGUUAAUGGGUGGAGGUUAAAAGGGUGUCAGUUGUUGCGUGAUCAUGUGCUUCUGUGGGGUGACAAUGGCUGGGAUAUUUAUAAGCCAAAUCUCAGGAUGUGUGAGGGAGAGCAUGAUCAGUUUCGGGAAGAGGGAGCGUGGCGUGGCAUGGCCCAGCACACUCAAGCAGUCAGGAGGCAUCAAGGGUGUGAGAGAGAUCUUGCACCUGGCGAUGAAAUAUGUAGCGACCUUGGUGUCUUUAGCGCCUGGGUCCUUCUUCUGGUAUGACUUGUACUUAUUUCUGCUAUCUACGGGUUCUUCUUUUUCUUCUUCUCCUUCUUCUUCUUCUGCUUCUGCUUCUGCUUCUGCCUCUUCUUCUUCUUCUCCUUCUUCUUCUUCUUCUUCUUCUUCUUCUUCUUCUUCUUCUUCUUCUUCUUCUUCUAUUGGCCGAAAGUGGUUCUCCUUGGUUAGGUUAGGUUAGGUUGCAUUAGUUUUUGUUAGGUUUUGGUUACGCUAGGUUAAGUUAGGUUAGGUUUGGCUUGGUUUAGGUUGCAUUAGGUUUGGUUAGGUUUGGUUAAGUUUGGUUUAGGUUGCAUUAGUAUUGGUUAAGUUUGGUUAGGUUUGGGAUAGGUUAGAUUUAGGUUUGGUUAUGUUUGGUAUGGUAAAAGGCUCUCGCAGAAGAUGUCGGGGUGUCCAAAAAUUGUCCAUGGGUAGUUUCCUGAGCCUGGCGGUAGUUUUGCCAAGACUUCCGCGCCGUGAACGGGAAAAAAAAAAACGGGACGAAUACACGUGACAACCCAAUGUAGAUCCUCUCUGGCCUUGAAAAGCGUUCCUAACAAUAGUCCCAAACGUCUGGUAAUUCGAGUGUGAGUGAGUCAGGGGCCGAGAAAUGUCAGAACCCGCCCAGAAUUGAAGGGACAGACAAGUGUUAGGAAAGACCCGAAUAUUGAGACUCAUUAGAUGAUUAACAAGCUUCGAGGAAUGAGUGGCGAGUGUACGUUCUUUCCUUUGUUGAGUAAGAAAGAAAGAGGAUUUGGGAACAGUGAACCUUGAAACUGAGAGACUAUAAGAGAAGGAGGAUCUAGAGGGGGUGUCAGUGUGUCAGUUCGAAGUCUGUCAGUGAAGUGUGAUCGUCUUCUUUUCCUGCAAGCCAUCGAAUCAACAUAGGAGGAUCAAAACCUUCUCUUGUAAGUUCUAAGCAUAUCCCUAACUAUAGAAUCCAACCCUAUGCAACUAGAAGAAACCUAAAGUGAAGCAGGUCAAAUUGUGUUCCCUCUGUAAGCCUUAGAACCUGUAUAAGAAGAUCAAACUCCACUCUCGUAAGUUCUAAGCAUAUCCCUAACUAUAGAAUCCAACCCUAUGCAACUAGAACAAACCUAAAGUGAAGCAGGUCAAAUUGUGUUCUCUCUGUAAGCCUUUGAACCUGUAUAAGAUCAAACUCCACUCUUGUAAGUUCUGAGUAUAUCCAUAACAUAGAAUCCAACCCUAUCUAACCUCAGUGUCUGUUUAUUACGAUAGAAGGAAAUAGAUCAAAUUAUGUGCUCUCUGUAAGCCUUAGAACCUGUAUAAAAAGAUCAAACUCUA